AAUCACUCCCAUCCCAUCCGAUGAGCCGUUUCUCAAAUCUCUUCUUAAAAACCAUCCCUUUCCUCUUCCAACACUGAAACUUAAUACAUCUUCGACUUGGAUUCGGAAUCCCAACUGUAAAAACGACCUCGUUUCAUUCACUUUCUCCCUCUAUUAAAACCUUCUCCACCUUCUCUCCAACAAUUGGCUUCUUCUCGUCUCAUUGUUUCUGAUUUUCUUUUGUCGUUUUUUCGAGGGCAAGUCUUCUUUUUGAUUUUAUAUAGUUUUUGGAUCAAAGAGAAGACUUGUUUGUUUUUCGUUCUUGGCCUGAAGAAAGAGGAGAAAAAACGAAAAUGGGUUUGAUUUUUGAAAGAGAUGAUGAUAAUGACGGCGUCGUUUUGGUUCCGCCGGCGAAUUUUUCUAGGGUGGAAGACGGCAUUUUCAGAUCGGCCUUUCCUCAACCCCCCAAUUUCUCUUUCCUUGAAACUCUAAAUCUUCGAUCCAUCAUAUACUUGUGCUUUGAGCCCUAUCCACAAGAGAAUAUGGAGUUUCUUCGUGCUUAUAAUAUUAAACUAUUCCAGUUUGGAAUUGAGGGGAAGACGGAGCCUUCUGUAUCUAUUCUGAGGGAUACUAUAAUGGAGGCUCUGAAAGUCUUAAUUGAUGUGAGGAAUCAUCCAGUUCUGAUUCAUUGCAAACGUGGAAAGCAUCGGACGGGUUGUCUUGUUGGUUGCUUUAGAAAACUACAAAAUUGGUGCUUGCCUUCUGUGGUUGAGGAAUACCGACAUUUUGCUGGUGCGAAAUCAAGAGUUAAUGAUCUAAAAUUUAUCGAGGCCUUCGAUGUCACAUACCUUAGACAGUGUCUUUACAGCAUUAUCUACCAGUACCAUGGAUAUGGUUCAAACAAGAGGCGUUUGCUUUACAAGGAAGAGAAUAAACAGAAGCAAAUUAAGUCAAAUUAGGAACUGCAUUUUAGUUUGGUUCCUAACCAUACGCAACCAUUCUGUUACGUCAUAGAUAAUCUGUGGCAUGUUUUAGAAUCUAAUUGCAUUUAUAUACAAUCUUAUCUCUUUGUUUCAUGCCCCUUAAUUUUUAUUUAUUUAUUUAUUUUUGUUACACACAAGGAGAGGCAUUGCCAAAUUGGCGAUGACAGAGAUCUAGUUAACCAAAAGUUCUGUAUUAUAAUACAGAUUUUUAAGUUAGGAUUUAAUCUCCAUUUUUUUUUAUGGAUUUUACACUCUUAAAUAUUAGUUUCACAA